AUGGCUGUCUGGAUCAUGGAGGAGAGUUCAGGAUUACAACAGGACUACAGAAAUGUAGGUCACAUGCUGACAAAAAGUCCUCUUCUGUUAGCCCUGUACCCCUUAACCCCACACCUACCCAUAAACAAUGCAUGUGUUCUCGCAGUGGAUUUAAACACAGCAAACACUCAUCUCGCUCUGACUGAGAGCAACAGAAAGAUGGCAUGUGUGAGAGAGCAACAGCUGUAUCCUGAUCAUCCAGAGAGAUUUGAUAGAUGGUGUCAAGUUCUGUGUAGAGAGAGUCUGACUGGACGCUGUUACUGGGAGGCUGAAUGGAGCGGUGGGUUUGGGGUUUAUAUAGCAGUGACAUAUAAAGGAAUCAGCAGGAAAGGAGAGACUAGUAACUCUAUAUUUGGAUUAAAUGGAAAGUCCUGGAGUCUAGACUGUAAUGAAAACAGUAUCACUGCCAAACACAACAAUCAGAGCACAGGCAUAUCUGUCCUGUCAAGUCCCUCUAAAAGAGUAGGAGUGUAUCUGAACUGGUCGGCCGGCACUCUAUCCUUCUACAGUGUCUCUGACACACACACACUCACACACUUACACACAUUCAACACCAAAUUUACUGAACCCCUCUAUGCUGGAUUUGGGGUUUAUUUUGAUAGUUCAGUGUCUCUGUGUGAGAUUAAACAGCGUCCUGUGAAAAACAACUAAGACACACAGUCUUCUAAUCUUAAUUUCAGUCAGUAUAUAGAAACACACACAUAUUGACUUUAUUGUAAACGCAACAUUCCACUGACGACUUUUGUGUUUUGUUGGAUUACAUAAUGCAACGAGUAAUGUUCAAUCUUCUGGCCAAUCCCCACACAUUAGAAAUCUGAAUAAAACAUGUGAACUGGAAAUUCCUUUCGAUGAUCUGCUUGUAGAGUCCUUACAGAGAAGACACGACAAGGCCGUCAAAAAGAGAAGAAGGAACUCAUCUCCACAGCUAAAAAUCUGAUUCGGUUAAUUCAUCAACAUGAGCGUAUCAACAUGAGCGUAUAAAUAAGCGAUUAAUGAAAAGGGUGAAACAAUUAAUUGAAAUGAAGAAC